GCGUAGCACAGGGCCGGGUUAGGGGUCACGUCAAAAUUCAAAAUUCGUCAUGUCACAUCUUCAUUCCACCAGUAAGGAGCCCCUCAAUAAAGGCAUUACGACCAGAGUCAUGGCCUCGAAGCAAAAAGACUCUGGGGCUCAAAAAUCGCCCCGUGGGUCCAUAACCGAGCGCCGAAACUCGCGGUUUUUGUCCGGCGCGUCAAUCCCCAACUCUACUAUACGAUCCAGUUUGGAAAACCCCGGCAAAAUUGAAUUACCCGCCCAAAAAAUCCCCUCCUCAACUAACACUUCUGUUACGUCAGCUGGUAAAACCCCCGAGGCUGAGGCGAACGAUACAAGCGAGAAUGAAAAGCGGGGGAUGGAACGGAUGAGGCAAAAAAUUCGCAAUGCCCAAACCGUUGAACUUCCUGUUGUCAGUAAAGAGCGUCGCAGGUCUUCAACCGUCAAAGAUUUUGAUUUUUCUAUUCCUCAAAAGCAAAUGCGUCGCUCGACUCUCGAAUCAAUCAAAAAUGCAAUAGAUGAGUCCCCAAGUCACGUCACAAAGCUCGUAAACGCUGACAGUAUUGAGAAAAGUAAUGUUGGGCAAACUUUCAAAGUUCUGGAUGAUCCAGUCUUAGUUCUCAAACCUAAAAACAACGACCAAAUCCAGAAAAAAGAUCUCCAGACGCAGACCAGCUUCGUGCUUGAGAAACUCAUCGUCCAGAAGCAAUAACUUUAACCCUAAUUGAUAACUUCUUGACAAAACAAGGAUUUUAAAGAAAAACGUGGACUUUUAGCUCAAAAUCAUAUUGGAAUAACAUUAUUUUGGCUUGAGUUUGAAUUUUUUUGGUCAAAAACCCAGAAAAAACCCCACCUUAGUCCUUGAAGAACUCCAGAAGCAAUAAUUUCGCUUGAAAUAUUAAAGUGUGAAAUUACAAGGCGCGACGCCUCAAUUAUUCACACCCCGGUCAUCGUUGAUAUAAAAGCCGUAAAAGGGGGCCAAAAAAUAGUAAAAAUGAUGUCAGACGAGUACGUCAAAGACGUGUUUAUAGCAAAUCGGUGGAUGUUGCGUUGUGCUGGUCUUUGGACACCAAGCACUCGCUCAAAACUCGUCCAAAUCCCUUACAAAAUCUACGCAAUUGUUGUUUUUCUCUUCGUCAAUGUUUACUUCACUUCGACGGAAUUCCUAAGUUUGUUCUACACCCACAAAAACUUGUACAACUUUAUCAAGAACGUGAACUUUUUCCUGACCCACUUCAUGGGGGCCGUGAAGGUGAUUUUUUGGUUCUUCAAAGGGCACGUUUUAAGGGACUUGAUGCGAACGUUGGAAAGCCCCGAGUUCCACUACGAGCCCUGUGAAGGGUUCCAGCCUGGGCUAAUUUGGAGGAAGUACCGCCGGAUCGGCUUCAAGUACUCCCUAGGGUUCCUGGCUCUUGCCCAUAUGACCCUUUCCUCGUCCUACAUCCCCCCUUUGCUCACGGUGACUCUGAACCCGCCACCUUACCAAAAUGGUACUCUCAGUCCUUUUUACCAGAAACUGCCCUAUUUUAGCUGGAUGCCCUUUUCGUACUCCACCCCCAGGUCGUAUCUGCUGGCCCUGGGGUACCAGGCUGGGCCUAUGUUCUCCUAUGCUUACAGUAUAGUUGGAAUGGAUACGCUUUUUAUGAAUAUUAUGAAUUUUAUUGCUGCUCAUUUGGUCAUUUUGCAAGGGGCUUUUGCAAGCAGUAAAAUGCGGGUUUUGGACCCGGGGCAGAUGAACAAUGAGAUGAAAAGGAAUUGCCGACACUUGCAGACAAUACUCAGGGUUUCCGAGGACCUUGAAAGGGUGCACAGGUACUUAACUUUGGGACAACUAACUGCAACAUUGUUCAUACUUUGCACCUCCUUGUAUUUAAUAUCGACAACCCCAGCUAGUAGUAAGCAAUUUUACGCCGAAUUGGUCUACAUGGUAGCCAUGGGUUUCCAAUUAUAUCUCUACUGUUGGUUUGGUAACGAAGUGACUUUGAUGGCUAGUGAGAUUCCUGUAAACGUAUGGAAGGCCGAUUGGUACGACUGCGACCAAUCGUUCAAGAAAAGCAUGAUUUUUACCAUGACUCGAAUGCAAAAACCGAUUUAUAUGACUGUGGGGAAAUUCGCACCUUUAACACUACAAACUUUCGUCUACAUUCUCAGAACUUCAUAUUCUAUUUUCGCAGUGAUCAAAAAUACAAGUAUUUAAAGCAAAAUAAAUCAUAUCUCGAGUCUAAUGGUUUUGUUUGUGGUCAAAAAUGACCGUCGCUGCUGGAUACUAGUCUCCAGGCUAUAAUUUUUCUUGUUUGGAUAAAUAUUUUGCACCCUGGGGUUUAUUUUCGAUGGGUUUAUUAGGGCCAAGUGAUUUUUCUGAGUCAACUUUGGUAUUUAGCCACUUGUUUUGACGUGUUCUAGAUUAGAAAGUGUGUUUAGUCUGUGGCCGCACGAUGCAAAUUGCAUCAAAAUAACUAAAAAAUUCGGUUUAUUUAUGAAAACUGAUGGAACUUGGUUAGUUGUAACAGAAAAAACGUAAAUAGAUAAAAGCGGAUUAGGUAAUUUUUAUUUUAAUUGUUGCGGUUCUGGAACAAAUAUCACUGAUAGCUUUUUGUGGUAGAUAAUUAUUAUUCAUAAUGAUGUUAACAUAACAAUAAAUGAGUAAGAAACCUGGAA